UAAAAAGAGCAACACAGCGUUGUUACGUAUUUUCCCUCCAUCAACGACGGGUUCGGGUUUCAAUAUCGACGACGACGUGUCCCGCUUCAUCUCCCUCCUUUCCUUGCGUGCCAAAACAAAACAUUCACUUCUCACAUCACAUUCCAUUCGGAUCAAAGAGAGUGGAAGCGAUCGAGAGACGAGGAAACUCUCUCUUCCUUUCACUUUCUUCUUUCCCUUUCAUCUCAAUUACUCUCCAAAUGCUUCAUUUCUCUAUAUAAGGGUUUUGAGUUUGUAGGAGAGGAUAUGACCGCGAAUGUGAGUUACGUAACUGGUGAAAUGGAUCAGGUAUUUAGUGAUUCUUCUAUUCCUUCUAAUCCUCAGCUUCAGCCUGCACAUUCACAAAGUCUUUCUUCUCACAAUAAGGUUUUCAAGAGUGGGCCGCUUUUCAUAUCUUCCAAAGGAAUUGGAUGGACAUCCUGGAAGAAAAGGUGGUUUAUUUUAACACAAACUUCACUUGUUUUCUUCAGAAGUGAUCCAAAUGUUGUUUCUCAAAAGGGAAAUGAAGUCAACUUGACCCUUGGUGGCAUUGACCUUAACAAUUCAGGCAGUGUUUCUAUCAAAGAAGAUAAGAAACUUCUGACUGUACAAUUUCCCGAUGCUCGUGAUGGACGAGUAUUCACACUUAAGGCUGAAACUACUGAAGAUUUAUAUGAAUGGAAAACUGCACUUGAGAAUGUUUUGGCACAUGCACCAAGUGCUACAAAUGUGACCGGGCAAAGUGGUAUCUUUAAAAGUGGACAGGCCGACUCACUCGAUAGUUAUUUGAACCAGUUGAAGGAUCGAGAUACAGUAAAAUAUGAAGUCCUUGGUCGGCCAAUUUUACUUGCUUUGGAGGAAGUUGAUGGAACUCCCUCUUUUUUGGAAAAAGCCCUGAGGUUCAUAGAAGAGCAUGGAGCCAAAGUAGAAGGGAUCUUGCGGCAAGCAGCUGAUGUUGAAGAUGUUGAAAAUCGAGUGCGAGAAUAUGAACAAGGAAAAGUUGAAUUUUCUGAGAAGGAGGACGCACAUGUUGUUGCUGAUUGUGUUAAGCUUGUAAUUCGUGAACUGCGAUCUUUUCCAGUCCCAGCAUCUUGUUGCAAGGCGUUGUUAGAAGCAUCUCGAACUGCACGUGCGAAUAGGGUUCUUGCUAUGCGUGCAGCAAUAUGGGACACUUUUCCUGAACCAAACCGCCGUUUGUUGCAAAGAAUACUCUUGAUGAUGCAAACAGUAGCUUCCCUACAAGCUGAGAACAGAAUGAGCUCAUCGGCUGUGGCAGCAUGCAUGGCACCAUUACUUCUUCGCCCCCUUCUAAUUGGAGAUUGUGAGGUUGAAAAUGAUUUUGAUGUAGGUGGAGAUGGUUCCAUUCAACUCUUACAAGCAGCUGCUGCAGCUAACCAUGCUCAAGCAAUUGUUAUUACUUUAUUAGAAGAAUAUAACACCAUAUUUGAGGAAGGUUCUUCAUCUCCCGGCCCUGAUAUGUACAUGGAUUCAGAAGAUGGUGAAUCUGAGAGUGAGGAGGCCACCGAUGAUGAUUUGUCCUAUGAUGAUUAUUAUGAUGAUGAACAAAACGGAUCAAUAGAGGGGUCAGAUGUAGAUGCAGAUGAUGAUCUUGUUGGUGAAACCAACAGCAAGACUGGAGACUCUGCAGUCAAUGAUGAAUAUGAUGAUAAGGACCAUAUUCUUUCAUAUUCAAGUUCAAAGUCCUCAGAAGUAAGUGAUUAUCUUGCAGUCGACCAAAGGUUGUCAACAAUUUCACUUGAAGUCUCAUUGCCUCUGUCUGAAGAUAUCAAAAGCUGUGAAGAUUUUGCAAGCCAAAAUAACAGUUCUUGUGCAGAUGAAUCCAACGAGCCCUGUGAAAAUUUCACAAGCCAAAAUAAAACUUCUUUUGCAAAUGACUCCACUAAGGUCUCUGAUAUAAUUGAAGGCUUAUCCCCUGACCUAACUACAAUGAAUAGAUUAAAUUCUCCUAGCUCUUCUUCAUGUAUGAACAAAUCUAUAACCACGCCCAAUGGAACAACGCAUCAGCGCCGCACUGUUUUGGGGCGAAAUUCUGGAAGCAAGAACCUUUCCAUGGAAUCCAUUGAUUUUCUUGACGAAAACGAAGCUGAAGUGGAGAGGCUCGAAGCUGUUAAGACAGAAUUGCAAAGCCAAAUUGCAGCGGAGGGAAAAGUAAAUGCAAAGCUGCAAUCUUAUGUAGAAACGCGGAAGGAAGCCAAAGUAAAUGCAAAGCUGCAAUCUUAUGUAGAAACACGAAAGGAAGCCUUGCAAGAGCGCCGUCUGGUUCUUGAGCGAGAUGUGGACAAGUUACAGGAACAGUUGCUAAAGGAGAAAAACCUUAGGGAAACUCUUGAAGCUGGACUUAAGUUUCUUCCAGGGACAUUAUCUGAAUUAUUUGAUAUUGAUGAACAGACCAAGACAGAUUUUGAGGAAUUAAUGACGAUAGAAGUAGAUCUUGCCAACUUAGAAUUGAAGGUUAAUGAGCUUGGGACACGGCUUAGUGCACUACUUGAACGAAAUUAUGGUUCCAUGCCGAAUUUCUGCGAUCAAACCCAACGAAUAUCAGGCCAUGAAAGAAAUUUGAAGAGUAAGCCAGAUCCAGAAGUUGCAGCCAUUUCAGAAUAUGAUAGAUCAAUAAGUAAGCAGGACAAUCAUUUUGGUGGAGCAGAAAAUGAGAAUGAGAGAAAACCAGAGUCAACACUUUUACCAAACAAACAUCCACCUAGUUCCAAGAAAUCUGGUGCAAGAGUUGAGCAGGGAACAAACUCCCCUACUUCUGCAAUGACAAGACUGACAUCCAAACUAAACUUUUUGAAGGAUCGCCGUAGUCAGUUUACAAAUGAUCUCCAAAACAUGAAUAAAGGAAAAGGAUUCGAACUUCAGCUACCACCUCCAUCUCCAAACAAGUCUCGAGGAUUUGACUUUCACAUACCACUUCGAUCCCCAAGGUCUCGAGGAAACGAACGUCAGUCGCCACAUCUAUCCCCCAAUAAAUCUCGAGGGUGUGAUUUUUACAUACCUCUUAUAUCUCCUGGUAGGUCUCGAGGAUCUGAAAAUCAUUUUCCAUCAAUCUCUGAGAAAGUUAGAGGCAAUGAAGAUCAUUUACUUCGAUAUUCAGAGAAACCGAGGAAAUCGGAUAGCCAGCUUUGUCAUUCUCCAUCAAUCUCUGAGAAAUUUAGAGUCAAUGAAGAUCAUUCACUUCGAUAUUCAGAGAAACCAAGAAAAUCAGAUAGCCAGCCAUAUCAUUUUCCAUCAAUCUCUGAGAAUGUUAGAGGCAAUGAGGAUAAUUCACUUCGAUAUUCAGAGAAACCGAGAAAAUCAGAUUGCCAGCCAUAUCACUCAGAUAUUCAGAAUGAAUUUUCACAACAAUACUUAAAAAGAGGAAGGUCGGCAAGGCAUUACCCGACUCAUAAUGUUGAUUAAGGUCAUAUAUUUUGUUGCACAGCAAAUUCCAGAUGAUAGGAAACCACUGCAGUUGUUCAGCAUUGUUUUUGUCCAACCAGAGCAUUAUGCCUUCAACAAUGUUUUGUGUGGUUUAUGAAAUACCCAAAGAAGGCCUAUAUUCAAAGAAGCAUUCUAUGUGCCCAAAAUAUAGGAUGUAUAGGGCACAGUUCAACCAUCCCCAUUACAUAAGCUAAAUAAUUUAUUACAUAAUAUGCUGCUGAUUUUUUCUGGCUC